GAGAACCCACGGGGAGACCCACAGACACAUAGACACGGGAGAGACAGAGGAGGAGAGAGACAGAAACAAAGGCACAGCGCAAGGAGGCAGAGACAGAAAGGACAGGCACAGAGACGAAGCCAGACACAGUCUUACAUAGGGAGAGGCCAGAGAAGCUGCAGAAGACACAGGCAGGCAGACAAAGAUCCUGGAGUUUGGAGGAGCCAGACCACUGGAGACCUCCCCUCAGCCUAGCGGCCAAGUUUUCUCCAUCUCUUCCGAAGGUCCCCAGCCCCUCUGAAAACUUUGCCUCUGACCCGAGCAGGAGUCUGAGCCCCGCAGGCUGCAGAGAAGGAGCGUUCUAAAACCAGGUUUUGGAGGGCUGGGUGCCCCAGACACCUCACUCCCUCCCAACUGCAGCACUAGAGCCAUGUCCUGGAUGGGGCUUCCCAGGAGAGGCUUGGAGGGCCGCUGGUCUUGGGGAGUCCAACCCCGCUUGCUGCUCCCCACCGUGCCCCUCUCCGGGCUGGGGCGGCUGCUGCUGCUGGCCUCCCUCCUGCACUCAGCCCGGCCGGCCAGCCCCCUCCCCCGGGAGGAGGAGAUCGUGUUUCCAGAGAAGCUCAACAGCAGCAUCCUGCCUGGCUCGGGCACCCCUGCCAGGCUGGUGUACCGCUUGCCGGCCUUUGGGGAGACGCUACUACUAGAGCUGGAGCAGGACCCCGGCGUGCGGGUCGAGGGGCUGACGGUGCAGUACUUGGGCCAGGCGCCCGAGCUGCUGGGCGGAGCCGAGCCAGGCACCUACCUGACCGGCACCAUCAACGGAGACCCGGAGUCAGUGGCAUCUCUGCACUGGGAUGGGGGAGCCCUGUUAGGGGUGCUGCAAUACCGGGGUUCUGAACUCCACCUCCAGCCCUUGGAAGGGGGCACCCCUAACUCUGCUGGGGGGCCUGGGGCUCACGUCCUACGACGGAAGCUUCCUGCCAGUGGCCAGGGCCCCAUGUGCAACGUCAAGGCUCCUGCAGGGAGCCCCGGCCCCAGCCGCCGAAGAGCCAAGCGCUUCGCUUCACUGAGUAGAUUCGUGGAGACCCUCGUGGUGGCAGAUGACAAGAUGGCGGCAUUUCACGGGGCAGGGCUAAAACGCUAUCUGCUGACAGUUAUGGCAGCAGCUGCCAAGGCCUUCAAGCACCCAAGCAUCCGCAACCCUGUCAGCUUGGUGGUGACUCGGUUAGUGAUACUGGGGCCAGGCGAGGAGGGGCCCCAGGUGGGACCCAAUGCCGCCCAGACCCUGCGCAGCUUCUGUGCCUGGCAGCGAGGCCUCAACACCCCUGAAGACUCAGACCCUGACCACUUUGACACAGCCAUUCUGUUUACCCGUCAGGACCUGUGCGGGGUCUCCACUUGCGACACUCUGGGUAUGGCUGACGUGGGCACUGUGUGUGACCCGGCUCGGAGCUGUGCCAUCGUGGAGGAUGAUGGGCUCCAGUCGGCCUUCACUGCUGCCCAUGAACUAGGCCACGUCUUCAACAUGCUCCAUGACAACUCGAAGCCGUGUGUGGGUCUGAAUGGGCCUGGGAGCACUUCGCGCCAUGUGAUGGCUCCUGUAAUGGCCCAUGUGGACCCCGAGGAGCCCUGGUCCCCCUGCAGUGCCCGCUUCAUCACUGACUUCCUGGACAAUGGCUAUGGGCACUGUCUCUUAGACAAGCCAGAAGCUCCUCUGCAUCUACCUGCGACUUUCCCAGGCAAGGACUAUGAUGCUGACCGCCAGUGCCAGCUGACCUUCGGGCCCGACUCACACCAUUGUCCACAGCUGCCGCCACCCUGUGCUGCCCUCUGGUGCUCCGGCCACCUCAAUGGCCAUGCCAUGUGCCAGACCAAGCAUUCACCCUGGGCUGAUGGCACCCCCUGCGGGCCGGCUCAGGCCUGCAUGGGUGGCCGCUGCCUCCACAUGGACCAGCUCCAGGACUUCAAUAUCCCUCAGGCUGGUGGCUGGGGUCCCUGGGGGCCAUGGGGUGACUGUUCUCGGAGCUGUGGAGGUGGUGUCCAGUUCUCCUCCCGGGACUGCACGCGACCCAUCCCCCGAAACGGUGGCAAGUACUGUGAGGGACGCCGCACUCGCUUCCGUUCCUGCAGCACUCAGGACUGCCCAACUGGUUCAGCACUGACCUUCCGCGAGGAGCAGUGUGCUGCCUACAACCACCGCACUGACCUCUUCAAGAGCUUCCCAGGGCCCAUGGACUGGGUCCCUCGCUACACAGGGGUGGCUGCCCGGGACCAGUGCAAGCUCACCUGCCAGGCCCGGGCCCUGGGCUACUACUACGUGCUGGAGCCACGGGUGGUAGACGGGACACCUUGUUCCCCAGGCAGCUCUUCAGUCUGUGUCCAGGGCCGCUGUAUCCAUGCCGGCUGUGACCGCAUCAUUGGCUCCAAAAAGAAGUUUGACAAGUGCAUGGUGUGUGGUGGGGAUGGCUCUGGCUGCACCAAGCAAUCUGGCUCCUUCAGAAAAUUCAGGUACGGCUACAACAAUGUGGUCACUAUCCCCGCGGGGGCCACCCACAUCCUUGUCCGGCAGCAGGGGAACCCUGGCCUCCGGAGCAUCUACCUGGCCUUGAAGCUCGCAGACGACUCCUAUGCCCUCAAUGGCGAAUACACGCUGAUGCCCUCCCCCACAGACGUGGUGCUGCCUGGGGCAGUCAGCCUGCGGUACAGCGGGGCCACUGCAGCCUCAGAGACACUGUCAGGCCAUGGGCCGCUGACCCAGCCCUUGACGCUGCAGGCCCUGGUGGCUGGCAACCCCCAGAACGUACGCCUCCGUUACAGCUUCUUCGUGCCCCGGCCGGCCCCUCCAACAGCACGCUCCACUCCCCAGGACUGGCUGCAGCGCAAGGCCCAGAUCCUGGAGAUCCUCCGGAGGCGCAACUGGGUGGGCAGAAAAUAACCUCACCAUUCCGGUUGCCCUUUCUGGGCACCGGUGCCUCAGACUCAGCUGCGUGGAAGAGGGGCUCCUAC